CACUCCUCUCUCUGGCCCUUUUAACUAAACACUGGUCUAAGAAACCUCAUAUAACCUGUGUGCUGAUCAGACAGAGCUCGUACAAGGAAGCCCUCUAACACUGAACUAUAUACCUUCCAUUCUGUAAUACUGAGUUAACCCUUCAAGCGCCAUGUCUGCUGAACCAGAACAAAAGUCAGCUCCCAUGGAGGAGAAAGCUGCAACUCCCACCCCUAAGAGGCAAUGCCCCAUUCCUCCUGCCCAGAGGGCAGAGUUUUCCAAAAUCAUGAAAGAAUGUAAAGAAGAGAGCUUCUGGAAGAGAGCUUUGCCACUCUCCUUGGCAAGUAUGCUGGCCACUCAAGGACUUGUCUAUCAAGGAUUUCUGAAACCAAACAAAAGAUUUGGCUCCAUUCCAAAGGUUGUAUUGGCCGGUGUACUAGGAUUCAUCGUUGGAAAGAUCUCGUAUGCCAGAACUUGCCAGAAAAAGUUUGAGAAAGUUGGAGCACAUCACAUGUUUGAAGCUGGAUUCUAUCCUGGUUUUGGUGGCUUUGCUCCUUCAUUUGGCAAACACCAUCACAAGCAUUGUCACCACUGUGAAGAGUGCAAGUCAAAGACUUCCAAAGACCAACCACAAACUGAAAGUGCUCCAUCAUCUGCCCAAUGAAGUAUGUAUGCUACGAUGAAUGAAGUAUUUGUGGUUUGCAGAAAAGAAGACCACCCGAUUUCCAUUAUUUUUUGUACUAGUAUGUUAUUCAUAAUAAAAUGGAAUUAUAAAAAUG